GAAUGCAGCACAUAUCAGAGUCAGUGUUUGUGGGGCUGUGUGAUAUAGUUGGGACCUUACAACAAGUGACCUUUAGGAGGGAGUCAAGGGACAUCAAGGAGAUGGUGGAUAGACGAAUUACACCUUACAAUGCGUUCAUCACGAUGACGAGUGGAAGUCGGAGAGAAGGGUUCAGACUGAAGGGAUCAGAUUUGGACGUUAUGUAUUGGCCAAACAACCACCGAGUGAUCAUGGACAUGUCUCAGUCUGAGUAUUACAACACAGCCAAUACAAUCUUGAUUCUCUCUGACAAUUUUGAGAGUCUACCAGGAUUUACUCUACUUCAGUUACUGACACCAAAAACAAACAGAGACAUCUACUCAGCAUUAGUCAGAAUGAAUGACAGAGUCUAUAUUUCUAGUUCUAUAUUCAGACACCUAACUUGUUCAAAAAUUUAUCCUAAUUCUACUGUACACGGACCCUGUGGUAGUGGUGUACUGGGAAUUAUAGAAUAUGACCAUGCCUACUGUUUUGUUUGUGACUUUUGGCCUUCGUCUGCCUCCUCAUGGAUAGAUAGAUGUCACUCAUGGCCUAGUCCUGAAGUUGUUCAUGAUAUUGUGAGGAAUGGUUGUCACUUUGUAGCAAUAGGACACCCGUUAGGAAUUCAUGAAAAUGAAGAGUGGAGAAUUUCCUUUUCUCAGGCUGAAUAUAAACUUGUGUAUUCAAUGAACCACUGUCAAUUUUUGACAUACGGAUUGUUAAAAAUAUUUUUAAAAGAAGUUAUAGAUCAACAAUCAGAAGAAACCAGUAAACUGUUGUGUUCUUAUCACAUGAAGACAACCGCUUUCUGGGUGAUUCAAAAUAACACACUACCUUACUGGUGUCCACAAAAUCUCCUGACCGGUUUCUGGGUCUGCUUUAAACUUCUGCUUAAAUGGGUUUACAAGGGGAUCUGUCCUAACUUUUUCAUCCCCCAAAACAACAUGUUUUUGACAAAGGUCUAUGGACCAGCACAAAACAGAUUGUUCCUUCAGUUACAUGAAUUGUACAAGAAAGGUCUGGCUUGCCUGUUACAGAGUUCCUCUAUUAGGUCCUACAUCAUUGAUGUCCUGUACAAACCCAGACUUUUUAUUUGUACAAAUCAAAGACACACCUUUUCUGAAGUUCGGCAUGAUAUAGAACUUGCCAGUGAGUCCGAUGUUAAUCUUUUUAGUCCACAAACCCGCCUUACCAAAGCCAUACAAACAGUAGAACAGUUGGUAGAGUUACCCCUGACACACUAUCAAGCUCUUACAUUACAGAGACUUACAGUCGCAAUAUUUCAGAAUCUUGCCUUUAUAACAUCAAACAAAUACACUAACACCGGUGUCAACAAACAGAUGUAUAUUGCAGACAAAAUGUCCUGUCAUAUGCUGAAAUUAGCUACUAAGCUUGGGUGUGUUUCUGAUGUGUUGUACAUUGCUAUGUAUUAUUACAAGACACUCAGGUACAGGGAAGCUUUAUCUGUUUUAGAGAUGACAAAGGUCAAGUUAGCACAGCCAUAUCUAAUGUAUAGUGCUUGUGAACGUGUAGACAGGCAGAGGUAUACUGAGGCUGUAGGGGGACAGUCCUGGUCUACAAAGAUGAGACAGGCUGUAGCAGAUGAUAUCGUACUUCACUAUGAUAUCUGUUAUAUCAGUGAACUAAUUCCAGAGCAACAGUCUGCUAUACAGAACACAGAGGCUAUAUUAGUUAUCCCAGUGUUUUUAAUGGUACAUUUCCUAGAUUGUUUGUGUUACAGACACAUUGAUGCAACAUUAUCACAAGCAGCUCUAGAUGAGCUACAGGUCCUAGUCCACCAUGAUCAGGGAAUGUAUAUAACUUAUCUACGCAGAGACAUCUCAUGGGAGAUCCUUGGGAUCUGUCAACAGAUAACAGGGAACCUCCAGGCUGCUCUAUACUCAUACCAACAGUCACUCACACAGUAUCCAGCAAACGGAAUACAAACUGCUACACAUAUGAGAAUACGAGAUGUUGUCAGUCAGUUGAACAAUUGAUAGUAAUAUUUCAACUAUCAUACUCACGACGGUUUUAAAACUUUACAGUGUAUUUUGAUUGGUUACCAGCCUAAAUUUCAACAAAAGGCGUUCCAUCUUAUUUUCUGAAACCAAUGCUAAGGAUGUGAUUUAUCGUAAACACAGAGUCUUAAACAGGCAGAUAGGAGGAAACAAAUAGUUACGGACGGAAACAGAUUACAACGUUGUGUUCCCUUAACUUCUCUUCGUGAGACCUUGUGCUAAAUAAAGCUUGCAAUGUCAUUUAAUUUGUUAACAACUCAGUUUUUGUACAUAAAUACAACAGGCUUUGCAUUGAGGACAAAAAUAUAAAUAUAUGCAUACAUACAUAUGUACAUUUAGUAAACAUAAUAUCAAAUAGACACCUGGUAUUUAUCAACCGUUAAACAGAAGAAGGAUCGUUUAUACGAUAGU